UUGCUGUUGCUGCUUUCGCGGCCGCUGUGCUUCCUCUCCAUCCCAUCUCUGCCCUCUCGCAACUGCAACCGCUUCUCGCUCUCCCUCGACUCCUCCUCUCAACCAUUGUCCCAAGCAUACCACGUACUUCGUACCAACCGUCACAAGGUACGACGCCCCCCCACGCUCACCACUGUAUUCCCCGUGGUGUCUGUCACUCACGUACGCCGUGCCUUUGGCAGCAGCCAGCGCCACGGCGCGCCUCCUGGUCCGCUCACGAGUCGCGGGCAACCCAAACCCCCCCGUUUCUUCGCCCCCAUCUUCGCUGCCUGUCUAGUACUUUCGUAUACCCAAGAAGCCCAAAGAGCUCCCUCAUCAGUCUCUCCCUCUUUCCCCCUCCCCACCUGCAUAACCACCCCCCGCCAAGCAACCAGUGGUGAGUGCCGCGUGCGCGGCGCCCGCCCUCCGGCAGAGAUCGCCCACAAUGGCCGCCACCCCCCGAAAGACUCCCGCCGCCGGUGCCGCCGCCUCCGCCUCCGGCCGGCCAACCAAGUAUUACUUCGCAUACGGCAGCAACCUCCACAUAAAGCAGAUGAAGAGGCGCUGCCCCAACAGCCGGUACAUCGGCCACGCCCGCCUCGCCAACCACCGCUGGCAGAUCAACGAGCGCGGCUACGCAAACGUCGUCGCCGUCGCCUCCGCGUCCGACGGCCGCUGGGUCGAGGGGCUCGUCUACGAAAUCGACGAAAAGGACGAGACCAAGCUCGACAUCAACGAGGGCGUCGCCAAAAACGCCUACGAGAAGCGCUACAUGCCCGUGCUGCUUCACCGCGCCCACAGCGCCCUCUACCGCCGCCCCGUCUCCUGGAUCGUCGACAAGGGCGGUCCGGCCGCCGUCCGCCGCCAGCAGGCCAACAAGACGGCCUCGGAGCGCACGGGUGUAGCUGCUUCUACUGCUACUACUACUGUUGCUGGUGCUGGUGCUGGUGCUGGUGCUGGUGCUGGAAGUGCUGGCAGACAGGCUCAGCACUGGUGGGAAAACGACGUGCUCGUCUACAUCAGCUUCAACCACGUCCAGGACAGCGCCCCCAAGGAAGAGUACGUCAGCCGCAUCAACCUCGGGCUCAAGGACGCUCGUGCCCUCGGCAUGGCCGACGACUACAUCCGCAGCUGCAUCCGUCCCUUCAUACCCGAGGACGCGGGCGCUUCUCUCUCCGGCGGCGGCGGCGGCGGCGGCGGUGGCGGGACCACUACCGCCAACGACACCUCCUCGGGAGAAACCAAGGGCAAGAAGGCGGCGACGGCAGCGCGUGGUGUCAAGCGGAGUAGCCCUGCCCGGACUGGUGAGCGCUCUCCAGCCCGGAAAGGCCAACAGCAAGUCCCGACCCGUCCUGACCAACAGACUCCCCUUCGAGCUCUGGCACGCACGAUGCGUAACAACGCCAGCGCUCCGAACCUCCGGGCCCUGGGUCGUGUUCGUCCUGCUGUUGCUGCUGCUACUACUGCUGCUACUGCUCCGGGGACGCAAGGGCCGCCGCUGCCCCCGCGCGUGGUCCGGAGAUACCAGGACGUCCCCGUCAUCACCGUCGAGGAAUAUGUGAGCGCAUGGGAGUGGAGGACGGCGACGUAGGCAGGCACUUGUCAGGAAACCCAACGGCUUCGACAUAUUUUUUCGAGACUCGCCGCUCAUCAUAUCUAUUCACUACGCUAGCGCGGUAGAAUCGUCGCCGCCGCGAAACCCCCGGGUUGCUACC